UAGGACCUAAUCUGCUUUUGCUCGUGUUCCUGGCGGGGGAACGAUUGAGUGUGGCACGGCGGAAGCACAUGGCAGAAGUCGACCAUGUGAAGAGAGAAGAUGAAUUUUGGGGGAAGUGGUAGAUUAGUUUUACUGAGAGGACAUUAUUUGUGUUAAAAUAUAUAUGUGUGUGUGUGUGGUAAUUACAAUUAUUAACUUAUAAUUGCGUUGCGGGAAGACAUAUUCAGUCGACAUGGGCAAAAGCAAAACUAAGAACCAGAAGAAGUCCCGGGCCAACGCCAUUCACUUGGCCCAGGAAGAUUUCGGAACUGUCCCCCACUCGUUCGUCUUUCACCGGGGACAAAUUGGCAAGAAUGUGAGCCAGCUGAUCGUGGACAUGCGGAGAGUCAUGGAGCCUUACACCGCAGAAUCUCUCAAGGUCCGCAAGAAGAACGUGCUGAAAGAUUUUGCUGCAGUAGCUGGGCCGCUGGGAGUGACUCACUUCUUAAUCUUCACGAAAACAGAGAACAGUGUUAACUUGAGGCUUGCUCGUUUACCAAGAGGACCAACGCUGCAUUUUAAAGUUUCGCAGUACUCGUUAAUCAAAGACGUGGUUUCUUCGUUGAAGCGGCACAGGAUGCACGAUCAGCAGUUCACUCAUCACCCCUUGCUGGUGCUGAAUAACUUCGGCAUGCCGGGGAUGCAUGUGAAGCUGAUGGCCACCAUGUUCCAGAACAUGUUCCCGUCCAUCAAUGUGCACAAGGUGAGCCUGAAUGCCAUUAAGAGGUGUGUCAUGAUUAACUAUAACCCCGAGACCCAACUGAUUGACUUCAGGCAUUAUAGCUUGAAGGUAGUCCCGGUGGGGAUGAGCAAAGGAAUAAAGAAGCUGCUUCAGGAAAAGUUUCCCAACAUGAGCAAGUUUGAGGACAUCAGCGAACUGCUCAUGAAGGGUGCGAACCUGUCUGAGAGCGAGGCAGAGCUGGACGGGGAUCACAAUACCACAGAGCUGCCGCAGGUCUAUGCUGGCCGUGGCAACAUGAAGGCACAGCAGAGUGCAGUGCGGCUCAUAGAGAUCGGCCCGCGCAUGACUCUGCAGCUGAUUAAAAUAGACGAAGGCAUGUGUGAAGGGAACGUGCUUUAUCACGCUAUCAUUGAGAAGACGGAGGCAGAGAUUCAGGAGAUGCUGGCGAGGAAGCAGAAGAAGCUGAAACUGAAAGCGGAGAGGAAGCUGAACCAGGAGCGGAACGUCGCGGUCAAGAAAGAGCAGCGCGAUGAGAACAAGAAGAGGAGCCUGGAGGGGAUUAAGAAGAAGCUACCGCCAAAGGCUGGAGAGGAAGGGGACAGCGACGCAGAGGAUCCUGGGAAGGAGGAGGACCAGGCUGCAGCUGACCAUUCGGAGGACGAUGAAGUAGAGUACUACAGACAGGCAGUCGGGCAGGAGCCAGACGAAGAUAUGUUCCCUGCAUCCAAACGAAAGAAAGGUCCGGGAAAGUCUCCCCAUCCUUUCAAGAAAAGAAAGCACUCCUCCGAAAGAGGGGGCAGGAUGGAUCGGGGCCCCUCGCGGGACAGGACGCCUGGAAAGCGGGGAGAUCGACCGGGCAUGAAGGACAGAAAAUUCGGAGUAAAGAAAGAGCGGACGAUGGGACCCAAAUUCAAGGUCCAGAAGGGAAAACCCCGACCUGGGUUCAAAAGAAAACCUCAGUCCAAUGCGAAGCCCAACGCAAGCAGAGGUUUCAAACAGAAAAGAGGCAAAGGGAGGCAGUAAAUCUGUAGUGCUGUCCCUGUGUGUGCCAAAUAUGUACAGUUCUGAUGACUUUAUUAUUAUUUCAUCUUUUAGCAGACGCUUUUAUCCAAAGUGACUUAGAGAUUAGGAGGUGAAGUAUGCAUCAACAACUGCUGCUGCAAAAUCACUUACAAUAGGACCCUGGUUUUACGUCUCCUCUAAAGGACGGAGCACAAGGAGGUUAAGUGACUUGCUCAGGCUCGCACACACAGUGAGUCACUGGCUGAGCCGGGAUGAAUUCUGGGAACCUCCUGGUAACAAGCCCCUUUAUUUAACCACUGGACCGCCAAGCCUCCAACGUGACUCUCUACGUUUUGCAUUAUGCAAAGUCUCCAUGUCUUGUGGUUCAUCUGACAUUUUAAGUCAUAAACCUGGCCUGAUUCCAUCUGGCAUGUUAGCUUUACCUGCGGUGAUAACACACAGGGUUUCUCUUGUGUAGCUCAGAUGCAAAUCGCUGUCUGCUUUUUGCAUAAAAUCUGAUAAGGCCACUGCAGCGAAGAUUACAUUCAAAUGAACAUUUUGAGCCUGCAGGUAUUUGAAAUUUAUAUUGGUCAAAACAGAGCAGCACGGUUUAAUGUCAACAUAAAGGAAUGUCCUGGCACCACAUGCCAGGUGGAGCCAAAAGAGUAGAUUAUGGGUCAGGAGUGGCUGGAGCCCUGUUUGAGUGAACUGGGUACUGAAAUUGGCUCUUACACAACAGGAAUGCAAAUAAUACACCUAUUGCAUAGCAGUUUGAUCCAGUCCUGGUUUUACCAUGAGUUUAAGGUGACACACCUGGGCUUGUUACCUAAACACUGGGGCUAUUCAAGCUCAUAGUAAAACCUGGAACGGGUGAAACUGCUCUGCAAUUGGUCUUAUUUCCAAGAUCCGUGCUGUCUAGUUUGCAUGAUCCAGCAGGACCUCAAGCAAAAUGUCUAGAAAUAUGUGCCGCUUGUUCAGAACAUGUUGAUAAAAUCAGAAUUGGUUUAUUUGAUAAUGUUCAUUGUGUCUGCACUCUGUUUAUUUUCCUUGUGGUCGGUUACUCUUGUGUUUUUGUUUGGUGGCUAAACUUAUUUCUAAAUGGUGUCUUCCCCCCCCUUCCCUCCCUCCACCUAUAAAUGCAAGCCAGUGCUGUUCUGAAAAUUAAAAAUGAUUGGUCGUAAAUGUGCACUAGAUUUUAUUUUAUUUUUUAAUUACAUGCCUUUUUUAAUCAAGCUAUUUGAUUUCCAGGUACCUGUAUAAAGACUUUGUCUAUAUACACUUUGCAGUGUGCACCAUUUCAAAGUUAUGCAUUUGAAAAGCCUUUUUAAUUUUGAAUUUCCGGUACAUUUUGUUUGUGUGUUAUUUUACGAUGUUGAUAAUUCGGUUAAAGUCAGAUAGUGAAAUAGAGGGAAUACUGUAGAUCCUGCUGUAGGUUUACAGAGAGAUCUGUAAUAGUUUCCACCAACACUAAUCAGGGUUGGAGUCAAUUCCUGUUUUUCCAUUCCAGUUUCCAAUUCCCUUGUAAUCAAUUUCAACAGCAGUUGCGUUUGAGCGCAGUAUUCUGUUAAAAUGAGUUUCUCAAAGUGGCAACACGUUGCUUCAAUUGAAGUCGCUGUCAAUUAAGUUGGCUUCAAAUAAAAGCGGCUGAACAAUCGCAACAAUGACAUCUCUUAAAAGCUCCUUCGAAGGAACUGGAAUUGAAAAAACAGAAAUUGACCCAACCCUCCACACUAACAAAUAACUCGCAUACAGAUGCAGACCGCACAUUAAAAUUCUGAUUCGAUGCUGCAAUACGUUUGUUACUUGUUUUAAUUUUUUUUAUUAUUUUAGAAACUACAAAUGCUUCUAUCGAAUCGGUCUGGUGAGAUGGUUGUCUAAAUGUUGAAUGUCUCAGCUGGGCGGAUUUACUGCCGCACGCUAGGCGUACAGACCUCGCUGAAACCUCGAGUGAUUGAGCCGCUCUGUGGAAAGUGUAGCUGCAAAGGGGGUGACGGUUUAAACAGGAAUUCCACUCGGGGUAAAAGCACCUGAUUUCAGAGAACAGCAAUGAUGUGACACCAGGGCUGGAAACUGCAGUGGAAGCAUGCCCUACACCAGGGCUGGAAACUGCAGUGGAAGCAUGCCCUACACCAGGGCUGGAAACUGCAGUGGAAGCAUGCCCUACACCAGGGCUGGAAACUGCAGUGGAAGCAUGCCCUACACCAGGGCUGGAAACUGCAGUGGAAGCAUGCCCUACACCAGGGCUGGAAACUGCAGUGGAAGCAUGCCCUACACCAGGGCUGCAAACUGCAGUGGAAGCAUGCCGUACACCAGGGCUGGAAACUGCAGUGGAAGCAUGCCGUACACAGUGAAGAGAAGCCUACAGCUAUGGCCAAACGUCUUGCAUCAGCCAGAAUUUACUUUUGCUUCGUGAAACCUGCUGAAUAAUGUUACGUUAGCCUAUAGAAUUACAUACCGCUUUUUAGUUUUGCACAUGUUUAACGAAAGACUGCCAAAAAUGUGACAUUUUGAAAUCUAACAUGAAAUACUACUGUCCUACUAUUAUGGUUUCCGGUAGAUUUCUGCGAGAUGGUUUUGUAGUUUCUUUGAUUGCAUGAUGUCAAAUAAAAUAUCUCAUUAAUGUU